CGUCUUGCUAUAUCAACAAGAUGCGUUGGAAUCUGUGAUCAUAAACCUCUAGUGUGUUCCAAUAGGGUCCUACUAGGAGUCUUUAAGAGUACCUUCGCAGGUAACUCAAAAUAUUUUGACUUUAAGGGGUCAAAAGUAGAAAUAUGUUAUAGUUAACAGACUAAAAUCUCGCGCGCUGCCUGUCGAAUGUUUUGUCUUGUAUGUCUGGUCAACCGUAACACAUCUUUCGACAUUUAAUGUUGUUCAGUGUAAUGUUUUAAAAAACAAUGCGCAACCUAUCGAUGGCGAUCGCGACCCUUCUUCACAUGUGUUGUAUAUCUAGUUUGUAUGUAUCGUUAAUGUUUGUUCUUUGAAAGAGGAAGAAGUGCUGUGUAAAUGACCACAUGCCUCUUUGUCUAAUGCACUAAUCUCUGUUUUUACUUUAUUGAUAUUUUGGCCAUUCCGUGCCUCAGCGAAGUCUGUCUUGGGGCGAGUUCCAUCAAGAGCAUUUAAAACUUUUCCGAUCCUCGAACUUUUUAUUGAUAUUGAUUGACAAACGUAGCCGCUUUUUAACCACACUACAUAUCCCAAUUAAACUUGACUAACUCAGUUAUACGACUUGUUGUGACGUUCUUCGAUGUUGUAGUAUGAGUUAUUUUAAUACGCAAAGAAACUUAUGAAGUAUUAAUCAAGUAAAUAGCUUUUAAUAGUUUCAAUUAAAGGCAUUUGUUGUUUAAAAUGUUAGCUGUAAUAUAAGGGUAUAUUGGGUGUUUCACGUAAUAUUUCAUUUAUCUUUCAUUUACAUUUGCAUGGUUUUCUUUUUUUUUUAACUCAAACGGACGACCUUUACAGGUUAAGAGGUAGUUUGGUUUUCGGUUUCAAUUUUAAUAUUUUUAGACAGAAAUUCUACAACAUGCUUUUCACGAAGUUCAUAUUUGAUUCGAUCGCUUAGUUAAUAACUGAAACAUUUUCCCUCGUUAUGUAAUAUCUGUUAGUUACCUCAACUUUCGCUUUUCCUUUUUUUCCGGAAAAAAAGGUUUGCGUUAAUUGGGUUAGCAUUUGUACGAUCCCUACCGAUGCACUAAAGCGCUGACUGAGUUCAAAGAUUAACCCUGAUCUCGUUCCUUGUUCUUUACAGGUAUAAACGCUUAAAAGAUUCGUUAUGCAGAGCUUAAAGAAAUUAUAUCUUUGCAGUACCAUCUUUUUGCUUCUUCUCGUCAGCCUAGGUAAGUAUUUUCUUUUGUAAAUUGUACUUCAGCGUGUCAUUACCACCGGAAUUGCUGCACACAUAAAGUUUUCAUAUGCAUUAUGUACGGUAAAAUCUCGUGUGAGACUUGUGUUUUAGUACGUGAUUGCCUAAUUUUUUCGUCGGUAAGCGUCGUGCGUGAUCGCUGAUCGCGGUUUAUUUAAUCCUUUCUCUUCCGAUAAAAGUUUAUUUCAGAAAGGUUGCUGUGAUAAGGUGAUAUUGUCGAAGCCGAUUGUUCUUGAACGAUCUCUUGGCAAGCGUUCAAUUAUUGUAUUUGCUAACUUAAGGGAUCUGUUUCUGAAAAAAAGGAGAGCCAAAUGUAGCAAAUAGGAAAAAAGAUUUCAGAACAUGAGAUUGGUUGUUUUUAUAGGACCUUGUACUGAGCAGAAAACGUACAAGUCAAUGUCGCGGGCCGAGUCUCUCUCAUGUAAUUAACCUUGAAAACUGAUUAACUCGCCUUUUUAAGGGUUAUUGUCUAAGUACCAAGCAUGUGAUUGAUCAACUGGACAGUCUGUUUCCUACACUGAAAGUUGUCGUUUUGGAGAAUAAUCCUGAAUUUUUUUCUACCCAUUUGACUCUAUCAAGUUCUCUACUAAGGGUGACUUGCGGUUUAAGUCAUCUUAUCAUUUUCCGAAUUUUGGUUUAUGCUGUCUUUUGACCUUGGGCCACAGGUGGACAAAUAAAUUGUUUCACAUCAUGUUUUACGUGAAGGAGUUUUAAUCCUUAUCUGUUUUAUAAGCGUUUCCCUUUUAAUGGAUUUUCCCUUUGUGGUAAUUCUGGAAUUUGUUCAUAACCUCAUUCUAGUCAGUCAGGUUAGUUGAAUGAACGUUUUUCUCACGUUUAAAAGCUUAUAACACAGAUUCAUCUCACAUUUGAUGAGGAUUAAUGACCAUGCAAAACAUUUCUUAACUUACAGGAAAUUAGGAGAGUUUAAAAGACACGAAUUGUGACUUUCAUGUGCAUGUGCCAUUCCCCAUUUAUAUCAAUAAAAAUAGUGUUGACUUGUCAAAUUUUUUUGUCUAAAAAAAAUAGGGGGAGGUUAGAGUGUCGGUUUUUAUUUUUUGGUGGUGGGGAUUCACGUGUUUUUUUUUCUCCACCUUUUUUUUUUUUGGUGUUGUGUGGUUUUUUUUUUUUUGCUCCGCCUUUUUUUUUUUUUUUUUUUUUUUUUUUUUUUUUUUUCCCCCCCCCCCCCCCCCCCACCAACAGGACAAAAUCCAGUAUUUCCAGUCUCUGAUUCAAGUCAAGAUUCAAAGGUUAGAGACUUGUCAAUCAAAGGACAAGUAUGCCUCCCUUGAUGCUUGGAGCAAGCCUUGAGGAGCCACUGGGCUCUAAUAAUGAACAGCCAGGAUAAUGUCAACAUGCUAUCAUAGUUACUAACUAUACUAACUACGAUGCUAUAUACAGAUUACAGAUAGCUCAUGACAUUCAACAGACUUCACUUAUUGACAACUUUAAGUACCUUACAGUGAAAAUUUCUACAGACUCUGACUGGAGUCUCAGCAGCUAACAAACUCAUAACUUACAAACUGGCAAAAUGACAGUUAAAACAGCAGUUGAACUUCUAUUCAAGGGACACCCUUGGGAUUGAGGCAAGUGUCCCUUGAAUAGAGGUAGGGCUGGAGCUUGUUAAUUAAUAACCAACAAAGACAACAUAAAAAAUCAUCUUCAACUUAUCUCUGUGACAUUAUAUGUUGAAUUCACACAAGUUCAGUACUUUGAUUUCAGUGACAUAGUUCAGUUUGUGAAAGCUUCCAUAAUUGUGAUUCGUGUACACUUAAAGAUAUCAACCCUCUUUAUGGUCAGUCACUUUUUCAGUGCUAAGUUCUCCCCUGAAUGGAGGUUAAACCCGGUUUUUGGAACCCAGAAAGUGUCACUUUCCCCUAAUAAAGGUGUCCCUUCAAAACAGGUAAUAAAUGCAAAGAUUAUGUGGGUAUUUUUGCGUCCCCUGAAUGGAGGUGUCCCUUAAAUAGAGGUGUCCCAAUGGAGAGGUUCUACAGUAUAUAACUUACAUAUUGAGUAAAGUAUGAAUAGAAUGUAUUAUUGUGUAGUGAUGCAACUGUUUUCCCUUCCAGGCUCAUUACAAAAUGCCUUUGGAAAAGAAACCCCCCCAAGCACCCAUCAUAAAGUCUUCAACAAUGAUAAGAAAGCAGUUGAAUUCUUGAGGAAAUUAUCAGAAAGAGCGCGUCCUCAGCAACCAACCCCAAAGUACAACACUGCAUCAGACAUCGACUUGCGCCAUGUAGUCUCCACACGAUUUAUGAAGGAAAUGGCCAAGCUGUUUUUUUCUCUCCCGGAUUUGAAUCAAUGUAACAUAAUGGCAGCUGUAUCAAGGACAGCAGGGUGCAAAUUAUCAAAUAUUACUGGGUUUCUUGUCAACUUAACAGAGACAAAACACAAAGCUGCUAUUGUGAGCUGUCCUGCUGAUGGUUCUAUAAAAUAUGGUACAAGGUGCAGUGAAGCAAACAAAACCAUUGUGGUAAGCUCUAUUGGCAAUGAGCUCUUGGAAGUCUUUAGGAAACUACCAGCUCCUUUUAAAUGUAACGUUGUCAACACUGUUGCUCUGAUUUAUAACCUUAAAGGUCGAAGACAUUUAGCUAACAGAUUCUCAAAUCAGGAGUUAACUGCCCGCAAAGCUCGUAACAUGGUUAUGAAAAUUUAUCCAUCCGUUAGUGUACCUAAGACUUGUAUAGACCCUGAGAUACCAGUAAAUCACCUUGUACCCUCUGCUCCUUUGGUGAAUAUCACUGUAAACCUUGGCAAUGGAAACAAGACAUCCUGGUUAGAGAGUCUUAAGGAAAAGGGGCCAAACAUUUUGAGGGCUGUCUAUGAAUAUGAAGCACUGAAAAAAAAGAUUAUUGGGCAAGGUAGUACUCAGCAGUAUUUAGAGGAACAGAAGGAAGUCAUUGCAAGUGCCCAAUUUGUCCUAGUCACAGCAAAUGGCAGCAAUAAUCCACUUUCAGUUCUCUUCAAACUGAAAGUGAAAAGGAAGCAAUCUAAUCAAUUGAGAGAAAUGAAGUCAACGUACAGGAUUGUGCAAGCUCUGGCAGAAAAAACACAACAACAGCUGAGGAAAAUCUUUAAUGCCUCCAAUGUCAGUGUUGGGCUGAGUAGAGAGCAGUCAAAAUUGACAAGAACAUCCCCAAACGAAAACAACUGGACCUUGAAUCAGAUCAGUAAAGCAAGGGAUAUGUUUCCAAAGAAUUUAUCCGAAUAUCACAAGCAACUAGCAAAAACAGCACGAUGUGUAGUCAUCUAUUACAUCUCUAAGAAAAUGAAGAAAAGUCCCAGAACAAUGGAGAUGUUGUACAACUCUUACAAUCAAUUAUCAAGAAAACAUUGCUGUUACUACACAGAGAGAGCUGUUUCCACAGACACACCAAUUACUAUACCCUUCACAGAGGAAAUUUUCAGAAACAAUCUGGCAAGUUUUUCAACUGUGACUUACAAAACAAGGCUAAGAAUACCAGAAAGGAAUGGCCCCACCAUGGAAAUUGUUUCAGAAAAGGCUGUCAGUGAGGAUUCCUCAGCUUUGGAAAUUGCACUUUUUACAAUACUGGGACUUCUUUGUGUUAUUAUUCUGGUUUUUACAGUCAACUGGGUAACAGCUUUGAAAAGCAGGCCAAAAUAUCAAAACAAUUCUGUGCCAAAUGGUACACCUCCGACUGUAGUGCUCCAAGGCAGUGCUGUUUCUUCUUCUAGUAACAGUGGACAACAUGAUUGUGUGUAUGUUAGUAAUGGUUAUCAAAGGAAUAAAAGGAAAAUGCAGCCUUCUGUUAAAACGCAUCUUUCUACAGCAACUGAAAAUAAAUUAAGCAAACUAAACUCAGCACAGCCAUCUCAUGAUCUUGGAUGUGCUGAUGAAAACACUGGCCCUGGAAGUUCUCCAUCUUUUCAUGAUAGCGCUGACAUUACUACAUCAGGAAAUACCAGAGCACGUGUAGAGAAUGAAUAUUGUGCAAUAGAUUAUUCUUUACAGCAGCAAAGGAAUGGCAAUACUCCAGUGGAAUCUCCUUGGAGAAAGCGUCUUCCUGAAAAGACUGCAUGCAACCAGGGAAGGAAAGAGACACUUGAUCUCAGUGUGUGGGACUGUAAGAGAGAUUUAGAAUCACAAGGAAAAGCGAUAAGUUAUUGCAGUAUUUCUGACUCAAGUUGUAAAUUACAGCCUCAUAGAACAAUAGGUCCCAGAGGCUGUAUACCAUCAGAACAGUCACAUAAAAUGGUAGUCGUUUUGCUGGAUAGUAAGGAAACAAAAGAGGAAGAGGUUUAA